UUCUCUAACCUCCAUCACCUUCAUCUCAUGUAAUUUUCUAACCGUAAGUUCCUCACCAUUCAACCUAGACCUUCCAAGGUUGGGUUGCUUGGGAGUAACAAAACAACACCAUGAGCCUCAAUUGCCUUUCUUGUAACAUUCUCCAAAGGGUGAAUUCAAAUAACAUUGAUGCAUGUCUCCCACCAGAAGAAAACAAUGAUAAUAAUGGUAAAAAGAGAGUGAGUCAUAACAGAAGCUUAUCUUAUGGGAACAUGGCACCACCCCAAUAUGCACAUAGUGGACCUUUGGCCAAGGUUAAGGCACAACAUAGACGCACCAACAGUGAUAGUGGUGUUGGACCAAGAUUGGUAAGGAGCAGUGGAAUGAGAAGAGAUUGGAGUUUCGAGGAUUUGUCUCUCCAACAAAAAGACAAGGGAGUUCGAUGCCAUUGAGGUUUCUGUGUCUGUCAUUCAUUCAUAUGUCUUAAUUAUUGGUUGGUUUCCCUUUUUCCAUUUAUAUAUAUAUAUAUAUAUACAUACCUUGUGUAUUGAUAAUAAUUUGCUGGGUUUGGAAGAAAAUAUUACAUGCAUGUAUGAUCCAUGCAUGCAUGUAGUUUUGAUCAGUCUCAGUCUUAGCUUGACAUGUAAUCAAGUUUUUCAAAUUUUACCAAAGGCAAAAAUGAUGAAACUGGUUCAUGUUUCACGUAGAAAUUGAUCGAAAUCGUGUUUGUUCUUUUGAAAAUAAGGUGGGAGAAGAAGUGAGAGAUGUAUGUAAAGAAGGGAUUAGUGAGAUGUUCUAGUGUUUAUGUUGUUUUCAAACACUUGGUGAAUUUUAUGGGAGUUUUUUUUUUCUUUUUUUUUUACCAUGGUAAAUGUUAAUUCCCUUUUAUUUUUUUAUUUGUUGUCAUUCAUUUUCAGUUUCAUGUUUCUCAUCUAA